CUCUGAAUCAAAUUUUCCCAAAAUGCGUUGUCAAGCCUCAGUAAAUGCCGUUCGUAGUCCAAAUGGUGGCAUUUCGGCGCCAAAUCGAAUCCAGGCUCCACGCCAAGACCUUCCCAAUCACUCACUACCACAACGCCCACAGCAAAAGGAAGUGCGCCAACAGCAACAAAUACCUUCAAACUGAAACCAUGAGCAAUACCCGAGAUACCAACAGAGACAUGCGCCGCCUCGCCAGCCUGUACAACGGUGUUGCUUUCGAGCAGAUGCGGGCGAUGUGCUGGGAUGUGCUUGUCGACCACUACCUGGCUGACGACGGCUUUCUCGAGAUCUCUGCACAAGUUUGCCAAAAGCCUGAGGCAGAAGAACCUCUCUUCGGUUCGGUCGUGAGCGAGAGCAUGAAGAGAACAUUUGUCAGUAUCAACAAAUGUGUCGCUGCCAUCGUUUACAACUCCGCCUGGCUGGCAUUUUGCGUGGAAGGUAAAUAUUCGGUGCCGAUUCCCGUCUCUGCUGCUUUUACCGACGACUGUAGGAUUGAACAUCGAUAUCGAAGAAAUAACGCUUGCCGAACAGAAGCCUGUUCACAAAGUCGAGCUGCAGUACACCGGCCAGUAUGCACCCACAAGAACCGAUUACCACCACACCAUCCUCCUCUUCAUCCCGAAGAACGGCGAAGACGCGAUUGCUGCAGAUGCAUCAUAUGCCCAAUACUCCUUCGAUAACGGCAUCGACACCUUCCGUGAAUAUCUGGCCACGAAGGUCCUCUGUUACAACAAGUACUGUGCUCGGAGACACUAUUUCGGACAGUCUUUCCAAGACUGGGAGGAGUCUGAAGAAGAUGUUUGGCACGAGAGCAAGGCAAAGGCAAUAAUUCGCACCACAAACAAUGUGAUGGCGAGGGGGCUUGAGGCUGUCGGAGGAAUGAAGUCCCUUCUAGAUAUGAGCGCAGAAGGCUUUCAAGCAGCCAGAGACAUAAUUUUUGCUGCGUUGAAGACGGAGAUGGAAGCGCUGCGACGCCAGCUUGAGACGAUAGAUUACGGUCCCCAGGCAAGAUUCCUGGAGCAACUUGAGGAUCUUGUGAGGGAUUGUGACGGUGCUGGCCAUCAGACAUGCAUGCUGAGCUUGCAUCAUAG